AUGGCGGAUGACAAGGCUAUGGAGGUGAACGAGGCAUCUCCCCACGAGACAAUGCGACAUGCAGAUCCUGCGCUGAAUCCCACAAAUCAACAUCACCACGGUCAUCCCCACCAUUCGGGACUGGCCGAGAAGGGUCCAGAAGAAGAUGUGAUCUAUGCCAAAGAUGUCAAAGGCCUGGUCCACGACCCGACUGUGGAGGACAAACACGCUCAUAGCCAGAGUUCGAAAGAUCUCGAGGAAGCAGGUGAAAGCUAUCCAUCGCGGCCCUUCUAUCGCCGCUACAGUAAGUACACCAAGCAUGUCGUGUACGCUGUCGUGUGGCUUUUGUUCACCGGAUGGUGGAUUGCUGGUUUGAUCCUCCAUCGGCAUGACUUGGGCUGGCUCAUCCCGUUCCUGCUGUAUCUGUGCAUCACCUUGCGGCUUCUUACCCUCUACGUGCCCGUGUCCAUCGUGACCAGGCCGGCCUAUUGGGUCUGGGACCAUACCGCUCGGCCAUUCGUUCGCCUGAUCCCCGAGAAAUUGAGGAUUCCCGGCGCGGCGCUCUUGACCAUUGCGGUCAUUCUCGUCGGCUCCUUUGCGUCGGAAGAGACCGCCGAUAACACCAGAGCCAACAGAGCUGUCAGUCUCUUCGGCCUUGUCGUCUUCGUCUUCGCCUUGUGGCUUUCGUCGAGAGACCGCAAGAAGAUCGUCUGGCACACCGUCAUUGUAGGAAUGUUGGUGCAGUUCAUUGUUGCUCUCUUUGUGCUUCGUACCAAGGCGGGUUACGACAUAUUCAACUUCGUCUCGACGCUGGCCAGAGAGCUGCUGGGCUUUGCCGACGACGGCGUUGAUUUCUUGACGGAGCCUGGCUUCGCAAGCAAGCACACGUGGUUCUUGGUGACCGUCAUCCCGGCUAUCAUCUUCUUCGUAUCUCUUGUGCAGCUUCUGUACUACUCCGGCGUCCUGCAGUGGGCUAUUGGUAAAUUCGCCGUCUUCUUCUUCUGGAGUAUGCGGGUCUCUGGCGCCGAGGCCGUCGUGGCUGCUGCCUCCCCCUUCAUCGGACAAGGUGAAUCGGCCAUGCUUAUCAAACCCUUCGUGGCGCACCUUACCAUGGCCGAAAUCCACCAGGUGAUGUGCUCCGGUUUCGCUACCAUUGCAGGCUCCGUGCUGGUCGCCUAUAUUGGAAUGGGCGUUAACCCUCAAGCGCUGGUUUCCUCGUGUGUGAUGAGUAUCCCUGCUUCUCUGGCCGCAUCCAAGUUGCGUUGGCCUGAGGAGGAAGAAACUCUGACGGCUGGCCGUGUCGUCGUGCCCGAGGACGAGGAACACAAGGCUGAAAAUGCGCUUCACGCUUUCGCCAACGGUGCCUGGCUCGGCAUCAAGAUCGCGGGUACGAUUGGGGCGACCCUCCUCUGUAUCAUCUCCUUCGUUGCCUUGAUCAACGGUUUGUUGACCUGGUGGGGACGUUACCUCAACAUCAACGACCCCCCCUUGACCCUCGACCUGAUUCUUGGGUACAUCUGCUAUCCUAUUGCCUUCCUCCUCGGCGUCUCCCGCGACGGAGAUCUGCUCAAAGUGGGCAAACUGAUCGGUGUGAAGCUUGUCAUGAAUGAAUUCGUCGCCUAUAGCGACCUUCAAACCAAGCCCGAGUAUCAGGAACUCUCCGUCCGCUCUCAGAUCAUCGCAACGUAUGCUCUCUGCGGUUUCGCCAAUAUCGGCUCCCUGGGUAACCAAAUCGGUGUGCUCAAUCAACUCGCCCCCCAACGUGCGGGCGAUGUUUCCCGUGUUGCAGUUAGUGCCAUGAUUACCGGCGCCCUGGCUACUUUUACCAGUGCGGCUAUCGCGGGUCUGCUGAUUACGGAGGAGGGCAAGUACCUUAGUCAGUGA